AUGGCUUGGUUUCUCCGUGGCAUCACUACCAAUUGUGUCGAUCACAGCCAACAGCUCCUUGAUCUUCAAAAUGCGUCCUUGCAGCAGCUUCGUGACCAAUUUGAGGCCGUAACUCUCGAGUAUCAGAAGAUCAAGAAGCAGUGGGUCAAAGCCAAAGCUGAGGAGCGGAUUCGGCGCGAGGCUUUCGCUGUAGACCACGCGUUCCACUUGUACUUCGAGGUGGAGGCUCUGCGGAAGCAGCUUGGAGUGCUGGAGGCACGCAGGGAGCUGGAUCAGAAGAUUUUGCGCUGCGAUCUCAACGCCGAAUACGACGAAAAGCUGCGCGUGACGCACGCCGAGCUCCUGAACAAGCAGCAGAAGUUUGCAGAGUACCGCACGACCAUGCAGCGCGAGCUGCAGACCGUGAUCCAAGGCGCCCACUCGCAGUUCGUCGACCAGAUCUUGGACUACUCCGGCUCCAUCCCUUCCGCGAUCAAAACCUCGGUGGCAACACUUCUGCGCGGGCAACAAGAAGUGGUGAGAAUCAAGAGUGAGAACGCUGCUAUGAAGCAAGCGCUCUUGAAGGUCCAGGCGCUGGGGGAUAUGCAGCAACAGACUCAGAGCGCCGCUCGAGAGCGCGAGCUCCUACUUACCCAGAGAUUCGCCACGGCUGAAGCUUUCCAACGUAACGAAGUGGAAAAGCUACAGGCGUACGUGAAGGAGCUUGAGGGGAGUCUGAGUAAGCUGUCGCAGGAGAAGACGUACUUCCAGGUGAAAUGGACGACAGCCCAGAAGCAAAUGGAAGCCACAGCCCAGAGGAGACGAGAAGCCAGAGUCCGCGCGCUGUCUGCAACGUACACCCGAACACUGCCGACAGGAGCCAUAAGCACAGGCUCGGACGAUGACAGUCCACCAGCAGUUGCCAUCAACACGCGCCCUGGCGGCAACCAUAACAAUGAAAAUAAUAGUGUCAGCAUCUAA